AUGUCUUCUUUCACCGAUCUCUAUUCCGUGAAGCCCUUCAAAACUCAAUGGAGAGUUCACGUGAAGAUAUUGAAGGUCUGGAAACAAUAUUUGAAUGGUGUAGAGACGUUGGAAAUGGUUGUUGUUGAUGAGAAGAAUCAAACCAUGCAUGUAACUUUGAAGAAGGAGUUCAUCAAGAAAAAUGAAAAUCUGUUAGAGGAAGGUGCCUCUAGAAUUAUCACAAAUUUUCAAGUGGCUCAUAACGGUAGUAAGUUCAAGACCAGCCCUCACGUUUACAAAAUCUUUUUCGCAUCAACUACAUCUGUCAAACCGGCAGAAGAAAUGGAUCCAAGAAUCUUAGGUUUCAAGUUUGUCAAGUUUAGUGAUAUUCACGAAGGCAAAAUGAAUCCAGAUUUCUUGAUAGAUGUUAUUGGACAAAUUGUGAGUAUUGGGGAUGUGGAGAUCUUGAAUGUUGGAAAGAGACAGACAAAGAGGCUUUCUAUGGAGAUCCGUGAUACAGAAAAUGUUCGACUUAAUUGUGUUCUUUGGGGACAAUUCGCUGAAAAUCUUGAAAGUGUGGCUCAACAUGCUAAUGAUGCUGUGAUUGUUGCUGUUUUGCGGUUUGGAAAGUUAAAACUUUAUCAAGGUGUUUGGAGUGUUGGCAAUUGCUACAACUGUUCAAUGGUUAUUACUGAUCCAGUCUUCCCAGAGAGUUUGGCUUUUAAAGAGAGGUAA